UGAAGAAAAUGUUUGGAAGCUGUGUUCACUGGUUCAAGAGAACUGCCCCAGCUCAGAACUACUCAAAUGUUUCUGUGUGUUUAUAUCCAAUGACUGCAGGCAGAUACCACUAUGGCAUCAGAAAGCAAGCAAGAAUGCAGAAAGACUUGUGAUAUGGGACUACCAUGUGAUAUUCGUGUAUCAUGACGGUAAAAACACACUGGUUUACGACCUUGAUACAGAGCUCAGUUUUCCUUGCACAUUAAAAGAAUAUGCAGCAGCUUGUAUCGGAGAUGAGACGAUUCUGCGGGAUGAAUACAAAAGGCUGUUGAGAGUGAUCUCUGCCAGUGAAUUUCUGCACACAUUUGCAUCAGAUCGAUCACACAUGCUGGAUGACAGGAACCAGUGGUUAGCCCCACCUCCUGAGUAUCCCCCAAUAAAGUGUCCUAACACCAACAACAACAUCCAGGAAUUUAUAUCCAUGGACAAGACUAUUAGACAUGGUGAAGUUUUUAAUUUGCAAGAAUUUCUUCACAAGUUUAACAUUCAUUUGUGUGGUAUGAAAUAA